GUGACACUGAGCUAGAUGGACGUUCCUUCUCGGGCUCUGUGUUUUUUGACAAUUAAUUCUAUGUGGGACCUUUUUAUUGUGAAAAAAAAGUUUCAUAUGGAAUCUUAUUGUGUUUCCUAACGUGUGUGUGUAAAAAAGUUGAUAAUCUUUCUUGGAUUGUAAAUAUUUUUUGUACAUAGUGUAUUCAGUGUAUUGUGUUUACUUGGAGUUAACCUGGUGAGUUACGCUCACCUAUUCAUUGUACUGCCAUGGAUGAAAACGACCCGGAGAACUUUAAUUCAUUAUCGGUUGAACGCACAUGUAAACCGUUAUACCUAAGGAACAGUGACCUGCGGUCUGACGGAGGUAAACAGUUCACUGAUUAUGAAUUGAUUGAACCAAUCAAGCGAGUUGUGGGUGAUGAUCUCCUGUGUGUACAAUUGGACAGGAAUCUCUGGCGCAUUUAUUUGAAGAAUACGGAAAACCGAAACAAACUUUUAAUACAGGGUAUGGAGAUUAACAGUAUCUCUUACCAGUUCUAUGACACAAAUCCAUAUACAUCUGGUGCAAAAUCCGCAGAUCAGAAAACACUUAAACUUAGAAUAUGCGGUCUUCCUUUAUCUGUGUCCGAUUCUUCUGUCCACGAAAUGCUUGACAAAUUAUGUGUCAAACUUGUUAGCAAGAUCUUAUACGAAAAGAUUCGACACCCCGAAACUAACAGAAUGACAAGUAUUUUGAAUGGUACAAGAUUCAUGUUCAUUGAACCCCUACCUGAUGGUAAAAGCCUACCUAGAACAAAUUAUUGUGCGGGUGUCCAAUGUAAAAUAUUUCAUUUUGGACAACGUAAGAAAACAGGUAACCUGGUUUGUACCAACUGCUGGGGUACUAACCACACAAGAUCAAGGUGCACAUCAGCUACAUGUUGCAAAGUCUGCAAACAGCCUGGACAUGCCCCUGGCGACAAAUCAUGCCCCCACUAUGAACCUCAGAAACACGUUAUACCCUUUUGUGGAGCAGAUGAUGUCCUUUCAAAUUUUUUUCCGUGCGAGUUGAAUUUUUGUGGCGUCAAACAUAAGUCUGCUGAACAUGCUUUUCAAUAUACAAAAGCACUACGUUGUGGCGACUUGGACGCAGCAAACACCAUUAAAGACACAGAUGAUGCCCUCUCUGCCCUGCGUCUUGGGAAAAACAUUAAAACAAAUGAACAAUGGGAGUCGACAAAAAAAGAGGUCAUGGAGGAUAUCCUUGAAAACAAGUGUGUUCAAGUCCCAGUCUUCUAAGAAAAGCUGAGAACCGCUAAGCAGUCCACAACCUUUGUGGAGGCCACCUAUAACAACGAGUGGGGAUCGGGACUGGAUCGUACGGGAACACUAAAUACCAAACCGGAUCACUGGCCGGGAUCUAAUACCCUCGGUGUCAUGAUGAAGAAAAUCUCCAAAAAAGUUCGAAAAAGGAAAUUAAGCGACAGCAUUAGUCGGAAACAAAAACAAGCACAUCGUGAACAGUCUAGACAGCGAAAUAUCGUUCAGAUGCUGAAGGAUCUUAGAACUGCAUCCGAUAGUGACGUUUCCGGAUGCAAUGCCGAUUCUGAGAGC